CUUGACAGACCCCCGUUUUUCCGCUUCAGCCUCCAUGCCGCCGCUGUUAUGGAGCAACGAUCCAGCUUCAGGGUACAGAUCUGCUGCCAAUCACCAUCAGACCCACCUCAACAACCGGAACCAUUACCAUCCCGUCGUCAGCAGUAUGCACAACGCUCUUUCAAGGCCAGCCUGCUCGCAGCCACGGUAGCCUCAGUGAUUGCCCUGUGGCUGUCUGUCGUCCUCUUUGCAUCACCCUGCGGAUCAGUCCCGUCUGACAAGGUCAUCCCGCGAGUGUCGAGGCACCGCAGGCGAGGCGCUUCUUUCCUCCCGCUGCCACAGAUCGAUGCCCACCCAAGGCGCCAUACCCUCUCUGCACCGUCUGCCGCACCUGCUCCCGCUGCUGCUGCAGUGGCUCGUGUGCCGGUCAUCGGCCCGAGGGUGGUGCUGCCGUCCCCGCCUUCUCAUCGGCAGCCAUCGGACAAGUGGAAGCAUCAGCAGGAUGGUGGUGGUGGUGGUGGUGGUGGUGAUGCUCGUGAGGCAGUCGGCCGAGAGGGGAGCGAGCCUGCAGCGCGGUUUGUGAGGUCUGUGGUGGAUCUGUGGGGGUCGGAGGGAGAGGCCGCGGCGCCGUUGGGUGUGACGGGUGUGUACAGCGAGGAGGACUUUGAACGAGUGUUGAGCAUGUGUACGCCGACACGCUCUCCCGACGACCAGCCCCUGCAAGACGCCUGCGGUUUCUGGGAGUCGCUCGUCCGCGAGGGCCGGGCCGCGAUAGCAAAUGGUGAUGAUGUUUCUCCGGGCGCUGUGGUGUUUCUCUGCCAAUGGUUCAUUCACGGCAGCUAUGUGGAUAGUUCCUUCUUCUCUGAGGCCUUCCGCUACCUCAUGGAGCGGCUCGCGAUGCUCACCGACCGGCAGCUGAGCGCCCUCGCCUUCAUCCUCGGCCGCACGUCGGGCCGCCUCGACACUGACAUCCCUCUGCGCGCCCUCUCACUCGCCCUCCACCCCCGCAUUCGCUUCCUCCCCACUGAGGCACUCGUCAGCUGCCUGUGGUGGCUCGCCAAGGCCCACUGCCGGGACACGGAGCUCUUCCGCUCGGCAGCCCAGUUGCUGGGCCGAGGUGUCCAUCGGCUGUCACCGGGCGAGUUGGCGCGCCUGGCCUGGGUGUAUGCUCCGGCCGCUGCGGGGGCGAGGGUGGGUGAGAGGGGGUGGAUGGGCCUCCUGUUUCGGGCAAUCCUCAAGAAGCUCCAGAGGCGGCAGCGGCAGAUGGACAGCCGCGUGGCAGGCAGUCGCUCCUCACGCCAAGACGAUGAGUCGGAUGAUGGGUUCUUCCGCCGUGACGAGCUCAAGAUGAUCGUGUGGGCGCUUCAGGAAGCAUACAGCAAUGGAGACCUGGAGCACACAGCCACGGCAGCAGCGGCCAGUGAGGGCGGGGGCGACGGGAAGGAGGAAGAGGCUGUGCGGCUGUUUCGAAAGCUCGACAGCCGCCUGAGGAGCGCCCUCCAGACGGAGCCCCUCAUCGACGCACUCAACGGCGCCAAGCAGUGGCUGCAGCACACAUCCAGCCAUCUCGCCCCCUCCCUCGCCCCCCUGUUCACGGAGCCAUCUCUCUCCAACGGCACUGACGGCGCUCAUCAUCACCACAAGCAUCACGUCGACCAUUAUCGCGCCUUUCGAGCGGACCCGGAUACCUCUCGAGCCACCGUGGAGAAGAUCGUGGCUGCGGCAGAGGCACACACCAACAAGACCGGCGCGGUUAAGACCAUGCGGGGCUUCGGCGACGCGCUGGUUGAGAACCUAAUGCGUCACGCCCACGAUAGCAACGGGCGGACGGUCGUCUCGGUGCUGACUCGCGCGGCGUCGCUCCCCAACACUCCCAACGUGCUGUCAGACGAGCGGCUCACUCAGCUGUUUGAUGCCGUGGAGGGCCUUGUGCAUCGGGAGGUGGCCCACCACACCGCAGCACAGGCGGCUGACGGCAACGGUGCAGCGACCCAGAGGGGGCGAAAGAAGCACACGGGAAGUCGGAAAAGAGGCAAUCGAUGGCUUCGUUUCCUCGCCUCGCAUGGCGUCACCUGCCCACCUGGGCCGUCAUGGUGCAGCAGAAGCAGAAGCAGCAAGAGAGCUGGUCGACCACCAGGCAAUCCACACGCCAACACGGUUGCCGGUGCGCCAUUGCAGCUGGGGUGCAACGAGCUCACCGCCAUCGUUCACGCACUGGCCCGUUUCGGCACUCUCAACAAGCCGGGGGUGGCGCAGAGCCGUCUCGUCCAAGUCAGGGGCAUCGGCAGGCAGCGCGUUAUCGGCCUUCUGGAGAUGGUGGCGUGGCUGCUGGUCGAGAGCGUCCCUUCCGUGUCUUUCGGUCCUUGGGAGGCGUGCAUCAGCGCGUGGGCGUACGCCACACUGGGCGUGCCGCACGCGGCCCUCUUUGACGCCCUGAUGGAGUAUGCGCGCCACAACCUUCACCGAUUUCAGCUGAAGGACCUGGCCGUGCUGGUGUGGGCCUGGGCCUGGGCGGACUGUGCGGAGCAUGAGCUCAUGGAGGCCAUCGCCGCGAGGGUGGUGAGACUCCUGCGGCGACCUUCAUCGGACUCGGUGGAUGCUGAUGCUGGAGGUGGCGGUGGCGGUGGCGGUGGGGGAGGGGGCGGUCCGUCAUCGCAGCUGCCCAGCCUGUCGUCCCUCCCCCUGUCCAUUCGGCUGCGGCUGCAGCGUGCAAAUGUGCUGCCCUCGGUACCUCUGGAAGAGCUGAAGGAGCUGUCCCUUCCCUCAGACACCUCCAACACCUCCACCAACGGCACUGCUGCAUCAUCAUCAUCCCCUGGCCCAUCUCGCCAAUCCCACCAUCGCCCGUCCCCCCUCGACCUAUCGAUGCUGGCCUGGGGUUUCGCCACAUUGGUCAAGCAGGAUUACUGGUCCGACUCGAAGCUCAAGAAUGCCACCGUGGCUCUAAUGGACGCCGUCAGCGCCGCUAUGCAGACGGAGAUCCGGGCGUGCAUGCAGCAGCAGGCGAGAGGGAGAGGGAGCAGCUGCCGUCUAAAGGGCUCGCAUCUGGCGAUGCUGGCGAUAGCUUGUGCCCGGUCGGGGUAUGACGAUCCCGCCCUGAUGAGCCGCGUGGCUGAGCUGUCGAUCCGGUGGCUGGACGAGGGGCGCUUCACGCCGCGGGAGGUGGCUAAUCUGGCUUACUCGUAUGGCAAACUCAGCCUCAAGUGCCGCCCGGUCGCUGAGGCGAUUGGCAGGCGGGCCAAGAGACAGCUGAAAGAAUUCUCAUCUCAGGUCAGUCAGUGUGCCUGGGUGGGUGUGACAGAGGUGCGUGGGGCUUGCUCUCAGCUCAUGUGCGUCUCUGUGUGUGUGUGUGUGUGUGUGUGUGUGUGGUCUGUUAACACAUUAGGAGCUGAGCAACAUGUUGUUCGGCAUGGUCAUAUCCGAGACCUACGACGCCCAGCUCUUCCGCGACAUCUACGCACAGGCGCAGAACGAGCUGCCCGAUGCCAUCAGCUGGCUGGCCCUCCUUCAGCUGUACCAAGUAAGUCAGCGGCGGACCGUCCAAACACCCACCCAAUUUACGCUUCCACAUACCCACGUGAUGUCUGUGUGUUGUUCUGUUCCCAUAGGCGUGGGUGGUUCUCUCGGCUGAGUGUCCGGAUGCGGUGAGCGAGGUUGAUGACGCCUUCCUGGCGCGGCUGCACGCGGCGUGGGACAGAGUCAAGAAGCGGCCCAAGGAGAGCAGCGAGCACCACCGGGCCAUCAGCGCGUGCCUCAUGACCCUCUCGGAGUUCCGGUGCUGCGUCAACCACGUCACCGAGGCAGAGCAUGACAUUGAUAUUGCGCUUCUUGACAGGUACUGGGCCGGCUGGCUGUCUGUCUGUCUGUUCAUGUGUGUGGAUGGAUGGAUGUGUGCAGGCGGCUGGCGGUGGAGGUGCACGGCCCGACCCAUUUCGCCUGCAACACCAGGCGGCCCCUCGGACACACCCUUCUCAAGAACAAGAUGCUCCAGCUGCAGGUGAGCCGAUCGAAUGAAAUGAAUUCAGUGAAUGAGACACACACACACACACACCUCCCUCUCUCUGUGUGUGUGUUUCUGUAUGGUUGGUUGUGUGCAGGGUUGGGGUGUGGUCCAGAUUCCCUAUUGGGAGUGGGAGCGCAUCCCCCACUGGUCGACCAUGGAGAAGAAGCGGUACCUUCAGCGCAAACUUGAGAUCACCGCGCCGCUCAAGUACUCCAACAGGGACACCUCCUACUACAAGCCCUACAUCCCACACGCACCUGCUGGGAAGCUGUCAAGGUUCGACUGACUGACCGAUCGACGGGAUGGGAUGUGGGUGAUUUUUCACGUGACGCCGUGGGUGUGCUGUGC